UUUAAUUUUCCCGUUUGAAGUUUGAAGAGUUUUAUGUCAUUAUUAUAGUAGGAAAAAAGAAAGAAAAAAAAAAUAAAUUACAGGGGUUUAUUGGCUUGGAAAUCUCUGCCGCUCUCUACCUGCAACAAUCUUUACAACAAUUUUGUCCGUUCAGGUCACACGUCACUGCUUAGAAUGGGAAGCAAAGGUCGAAUCCCACCCCCUCAUCUAAGGCGUCCUCUCCCAGGCCCUGGCAUGGUGCACGCUGACCAAUUUGGUCCAGGAAUACUACCCCCACCAGGUCCUUUUCCACAUUUUGAUAUGUUGCCACCCCCAGAAAUUAUGGAGCAAAAGCUUGCUGCACAGCAUGUGGAGAUGCAGAGACUUGGUACAGAAAACCAGAGGCUUGCUGCUACACAUGGGACCUUGAGACAGGAACUUGCUGCUGCACAGCAUGAGUUGCAGAUAUUGCAUGCUCAGAUAGGAGCCAUAAAAUCUGAUAGAGAACAACGAAUGAGGAGCCUUACGGAUAAGAUAGCUAAGAUGGAAGCUGAACUGCAAGCAGCCGAGCCUGUUAAGGUAGAGUUGCAGCAGGCACAUGCUGAAGCUCAGAAUUUGGUUUUAGCAAGGGAAGAACUUAUGUCCAAAGUGCAUCAAUUAAAUCAAGAUCUUCAGAGAGCCCAUGUAGAUGUGCAACAGAUACCAGCUCUGAUGGGUGAACUUGAGAGCCUCAGACAGGAAUAUCAGCAUUGCAGGGCUACUUUUGACUAUGAAAAGAAAUUUUACAAUGAUCACCUAGAAUCACUUCAGGUGAUGGAGAAAAAUUAUAUGACCAUGGCUAGGGAAGUGGAGAAGCUUAGAGCGGAGCUGCUGAAUGCCGCUAAUGUUGACAGAAGAACUGUUGGGCAAUACGGUGGUGCCACAGGAAACAAUGAGAAUGAGGCUUCUGGACAUCCUGUGGGACAAAAUGCAUAUGAAGAUGGUUUUGUUAUUCAUCAGUAUAAGGACACACUGCAGUCGAGUCCUUCCCACUCCUCUGCCUACUUUGUAAGACAUGGUUCUCUCCCAUCUGCUGCUACCGGUGCAAAUGCAGGUGUUGGUGCUGCUGUUUAUGUUGGGGCUCAGUCUGGACCUGCUCCUAGAAGGACUGGGUACGAGGUGCCUAGAGGACCUGCAUAUGACACAUCAAAAGGACCUGGUUAUGAUGCGUCAAGAGGGCCUGGUUAUGAAUCACAAAGGGGCCCCAGUUAUGAUGCACAGAGAGGAUCUGGUUAUGAUGGUCAAAGAGGCCAUGCCUAUGAUGCACAAAGAGGAGGUGGCUACGAAACUCAAAGAGGAUCUGUAAAUGAUGCAUCCAGGGGUGCAACCUAUGAUGCACCAGCUAGAAGUCUUGCUGUGCCACAUGGACAAGCAGCUCCCCAAAACAAUGGACCAUAUGGAUCUGCAACACCUCCUGCGCGUACUGGAAGUGGGUAUGAGGCACCAUCUAGAGGUGGAAAUCCUGUUAGGAGAUGAGCAUUAUACACCGGACUGGUAUGAAUAUCAUUCUACAUUUUCUCAGAGAUAGUAGCUAGUCAUGAGUCUCAUGACAAUUUUCUCUGCUCUCUAAUUGUUUGAUAUAUGUACUUCUAUUGAAGGAAGUGUGCUAUUAUUUUUGUCUCGGCUGGAGCUGAGUGCUAGAGUGCACUGACCCUGUGCUAUUAAGCUUAAGAGUCUUGAAAGAUGAUGAGCUAGUUUUAUCCGCCAUUGGAUCGAGGUUAUAGCUUUACUUCAAUUUUUAUAAUAAAAUCAGUCGGAUUGAAAAUGUGAAUUCAUGUUA